AUCUUCUUUGUUUCAUUGAAAUAUUAUCUUAAGGACACUAUUAAAGUAUAGUUAAAUGCCUGUUUGUUCAAUAAGCCUAUUAAAUUAACACAUUUCUAUAUAAUUAUCACUCUGGUACAAUUAUCACUCUGGUACAAGUUCAAGCUAGUUGUAUGAGACCAUAGAUAAAAGAGAGAGAGGGAUUGGAAACGGAUCACGUGAUGCUACACAAUUUGCUUAUGUGACGUAACACCCCCAAAUAACAACCGCGUUUCGCCCUCGAAAUAGCUUUGUGCUAUGUGAAAAAUCGUUUAACCAAAGCUAGGAAGUCUCAUCAGUGACGUUUACAGUGGUAAAAUGUGUUCACCCACGUGGCAUACACUGUCAUAAAGUUGGUAUAGUGCAGCUGUAAAAUUUUUGCAAGUAUAGGUGAGUAACAGCAGUUUUUUCAGUAAAUUUCAUGUUUCUGUUCCUAUAACUUAUAAAGUAGUUUGUAAAAUGGGCUGAAAAUAUAUCUGGCACUAAUUUACACUUGAAUGAACAAGAAUAUUGUGUUAGCCAAUUAUAGUAAGAAAUGUACUUGCCUGUGUCAGUUACUUUUUGUAUAAAAAGUGUGUAAUGUUUCCGUACCUAUUAUUAAAGUGCUCCAAUAGUUAUUACUAUGAUAUUGGGCAAUUUAAAAGCUGUGGAUUUGUUGAAUGAGAAUGACUGUGUUUUGUUAUAAUCCGUUUCUUAGAAAAUCAGAGAAGUAAAAUGCCGCGAAAGUUGAGAUUCUACCAAGCCAAAAAUUGGGAAAGUGAAAAACAGAAAAAGAAAGAAAGCAUAUCCGCUGUUCCAUCGACAUCUAAUGAAGAACAAAAUGUUGAGGUUAAUACUCUGGAAGAUUUUCAUGAUCGCGUAGUGCCUACCCUUGAUAUGACAUGGAGUAAUCAAACAUCACCUGAAAGGCCAAUAACAGCAAUCAAACUCUGUAAGAUAUCAUCUGAAGCUUCUACUUCAAGUCAACCUCUGGUUAUAACACAUACAUUGUUAGUAAAUGUUGAUUUAUCUUGGGAAUUGUUUGUUCACGGUCACAAAGUUGACGCAGGAAAUACCAAAGUACUGUCAUCAAUUCCAUUUACGCUAAUAAGUUUUUCGAGUUUCAGACAGCUUUUGGAUGUAAUUCAAUCAAGUACUGUGUGUACUGGUAACCCUGAUCCGCAUUUUGUGGGUAUGAUUGUGUCACGCAAAGGAAAAUUAUUGAGUCCUAAUGGAGAAAUAAAAGCUCAGUUAGACAGUGGAUUCCCUGUUGCAAAUGGCAAGCAAACGUACUCAAAAACUGUAUGAACAAUUAAUUGCGAACUGUUAGUGAAUGGUGAAAAAUGUAUUGAUUGCUCUAAGUACAGAUGUACUUUACGUUCGUUGCAUAGCCGAUAUUCAAGUGCAAAUCAGGAUGCAAGCAUGCAUACUAACGAUCGGUAUUUAAAGACUCCUCAAAGAACAGAGAAGCUAAAAAGUCUACGAAGUCGUUGUAAAUUUAUGGAGAUUGAAGUGAAACGGUUAAAAACUAAAAUACAGGAAUCAUCUGAUUCAAAAGGAGUUAGUGUAGAUGAGCCUCUACAUCAAGAGCUACGUGGUAUAAUGGUACAAAGAAGUGAUUCAAUUUUGAAAGCUUAUCCUGAAGGUUCUUUUAAAAGGCUCUUCUGGGAUCAACAACUGAAAGCAGCAACAGUGAUGAACGCUGCACAAAUGAGGUGGCAUCCCACAAUGAUAAGGUGGUGUUUAAAUCUAAAGUAUCUCUCCUCAGCUGCUUAUCAUUCCUUGCGUUCUUCUGGCUUUAUAAGACUACCAUCAGAAAGAACACUUAGAGAUUAUUCUCAUGUAUUCAAAGUUAAGUGUGGUUUCCAAUCCGAAGUUGAUAAAAUGUUGCUGGAAGAAGCUAGUAAACAUGGACUAUUGGAGUGGAAAAAGUUCAUUGUAAUUUUAAUAGAUGAAAUGAAGUUGCGAGAGAGUUUGGUCUAUGAUAAGCAUCAUCAUAAUGUGAUUGGUUUCGUUCAUUUGAGUGAUGUAGAAAAUCAACUAAGCGAGAGCAACAUUUCCGAUAAUAGCGUUGCAACACAUUUGCUUUGCCUUAUGGUAAGAGGUGUUUUUACUGGAUUGCAUUUUCCGUAUGCUCAUUUUGCUACAGCUGAAGUAACAGGAUCAUCGCUAUUUUUCAUGGUCUGGGAGGCAAUAGAACGAUUAGAGAGACUUGGUUUUAAAGUAAUAGCAGUAACCGGAGAUGGCGCUUCAACAAAUCGAAAGCUAUUUAAUAUACACUCUGUUAGUAAGGAUGAUGUUUGUCACCGAGUUAAAAAUCCAUAUACUACUGAAGAACGAUACAUUCACUUCUUUUCAGACAUCCCUCACCUUAUUAAAACAACGCGUAAUUGUUGGUCACAUUCCUUUGGGCAUGGAUGGACAAGAAAACUGUGGAUCAAUGGCAAACAUAUUAGCUGGGAUCAUUUGCGCUCCCUCUACAAUGGCAAAGUAUCAAUGGGAAAGAGGUCAGAGGGACUAUUUCUUCUUAAAAAACUUUCGAAAGAACAUGUUGAUCUAAAUUCGUAUUCAAGAAUGAAAGUGAGCCUUGCAGCCGAGGUAAGGAAAUGCCUUGUUAUUAAAUUAAUACAUCGUUAUGCACAGGUAUUAAGUGAAUCAGUCGCUGAAGGAUUGUGUAUGCAAGGGUCUGUGGACACAUUUGAAACGCAAAGAUUCGUGCGCAUGAUGGAUAAGUUGUUCGACUGUCUUAAUGUACGUCACCCAAAAGUAUACUUAAAACGGAGAAAACACAACUUGAAGCCAUAUGAAGAUGCUGACGAUGCACGCCUAAAUUGGUUGGAAAAAGAUUUCCUAGGAUACCUCAAAGAAUGGGAGGAUAGUGUGGAAACAAGAACUGAUGUACCGAAGGCAGAAAAACCAACAAUGCUUCUGAGCAGGGCAACUAGGGAAGGAUUAAGGAUUACUGUGAAAUCAUUUGUGGCUGUCAUUCGAUACUUGUUUAGUCUACCAUGUGUGUCUGGUCGAUACUUACUCAGCGAAUGUUUCUCUCAAGAUCCAUUAGAAAACUAUUUUGGACAGUUGCGUAGUAGAGGAGGAUUUUGUACUAACCCUACUCUACAAUCUUGCUUGCAAUCUUCCCAAUCAAUUCGAGUUCAAGGCAGUCUUUCCAUGCUACCAGUAAGGGGAAAUUCGUCUAAAAAGAGAAGGCUAUUUAAUGAAGAGGAAGUAGUUGAUGACACUCCCCUUAAGAAGAGACCUAGACAUAAGUAGGGUGUGUUGUAUGUAUUAUUGUGUUUCAUGUUGUUUUUAACUCUAUAAUUCCAUGACUGUAUUAAUUACUAUCGUAACUUCAAUACAUACUUGUAAUUAGAUAAGUAAUAUCCCUAAAACGAGAGAAACAUAAUAUUGCACCAAAGUAUUAAUACAUGUACACAGCUACAGCUAGUCAGUACUGAGAUCUUUUCUGAGACUUUUUGAUCUUUUGACAUUCUUUUGCUUGGCUAGCUUGUACUGCUCAAGCCAAGAAGACACCAUUGAAAAACCUCUCAUAGUUAUCCACUUUUCAAUUAUCUCCUCCAGCAAUUGUGAUUGUUCAAUCUCUAAAUCAAUGUCAAUGGAUAUCAUAGACCACCAAAAUUGUACAUCAUCAUCGGCUACUACUUCAGCAAUCAACUCCUUACUGCUCGUUUGUUGUGUUCGUAAGUGCUGUGGGAGCAAUUCUUGUGUUUUUAUUUCAAUAGCUUUAAACAGCAUAAAACUUUUGUCAUCUACGUAGAACAGUCCACCUCUGUCAAUGUUUGCCAUCCAUUCCAUUGAAAAGUCGUAAAAAGAGCAGUCUUCAAUACUUCCAUGUCGAUGACCCACCAUUUUCAUUUGAGAGAGACAUUCAACAAAGUUAGCAGCAGUACAUGAAUUAACUUUUUUAUACACUUCUAAUAGCUUUUUUGUUGUAUAGCCGGCUGCAUAUCUAACAGCAUUACAUUCGUCACAUGAAAGAUCUUCUCGUUUACGGGUAAGCUUACUUGAAUUAUCUUCACAGUGACUUAGACUCCUAGCCAAAACUUUUUCGAACAAAACUCGAUUUACUGACUGCUGUUGAUGUACACUGACAACUGAUAUUCCUAGCUGGGCACAACCAUGUUUCCAUACACCAGGUAGUUCCUGCUGUGAUGACGUGAAGAAUAAUGUUUGAGCUCGCUCUUUUGCUGUGUGUUCUCUGACUCUCCCAAAGUGCUUCAGUGUUUUGUUUAUCACAGCUACUAGUUCCAGACAAAAUGUUUGAAGUAUGGCCUUCUUUUCAGCUGACUGUGACAAUUCCACAACUUGUUGUAUAGAUCUUUUACUUUCUACUUUAACAUCAAUUUCUUCUUCCGUCUUUAACACACAUCCAAUAGCAUUCAACACAAUUUCCAACUCGUCUUCUAUUUUCUUGUUCGAUGGCUUCUUCAUAGAUGGUUUGUUUGAAGGUGUCUUUGUCCUAGCCUGAGCCUCAGCCAUAAUCAAACGUAAGCCUCGAUUAAACCGCAGCGAAACGCGGAUAGUAUUCGAGGAGUUUUGUCGUUUCCAAUCCCUCUAUCUCGUUUAUCUAUGAUGAGACAUACCCCCACCCCUGCCCCCUGUAUUCUCAUUCUGUUAGUAUACUAUUUACAGAUCAGUAUUGAAAUAUAAUUUUCUCUACAGAGAUGUCUGCCAUGAUAAAUUGUUGUGUGUACAAUCGGUCGGUAAACAAAACUUUACUUCCUUGGAGAAUUAUUUCAAUCGAUGAACCAGGUAUAAGCGUUGAACAAUACUUUGAACAAAGAGUUUUUAAAGAAAUUGCAGAUUCACCCCAGGAGCUUCAAAUAGAUUCAGCAUUUCUUGGAAAAGGAAAAGAUUCUUUGGAUAGAAUCGAACUAUCACUGGUACUGGAAAGAGCUGCUGCUGUUUUUGGUCCCUUCCUGAAGUAUCAUGUCAGUGUACUAGAACGAUCUCUGCCUGCUACUCAUACAACAGAUGCUUUCGCUAUGAUGAUGCGUAGUUCCCAGUUGCUCUCUCAGCCUGGGCUACCUUCUAGUGUCCCAGAGCGCACCAACAAAGAUAAGCUUUAUAAUGAUGUUUUGAAGCUCUUUAAUGAUGAGGAUGUUGCUUUUCCUGGCUCUGAAAUCCAGUCGGGUGGACACAGAUUUAUGGUUGCUAUUGUUGAUUGCCUGUGGUAUUUAGAUGGUCACCAUUCUGCCUUGGAGAAGCAAUCUUGUACAAUUCCUAGCCUAUUUACUCGUUUCAAUGGCUACAAUACUCCUGAAGUUUCGAAACACAGAAAGAGAAGUAUCUCAAGUCUUUCUGGCAUCACCCUUGAGACCCUGGCAUCCACGUUGUUUCACAACUUGCAAAAAUCCUUUUGGUCAUCUGAGCGAUUGAAGUCUCUGCAUAUGAACACUGAAUCGUUAGCCAGAAGCAUUGCAUCUUAUUCUGACUACCUCUCCUCACAACGAAAGAAGACAAGCACGUUGCACAAAUCGCCAUUGCCUGUACGACAUAUUUCAGAUUCUAUGUCUGUGAAGUUUGUUAAAGCAUCAACUGGACUAUUUCCCUGUGAUAAAAGAUUAGAAUGGUUGUGUUUGUGUUUGCAAGAGAAAUUGGAGUACGAAUUUUUGUCUCUCUGUGAAUUCGUUCCUGAAACCGCAAGAGAACGUUACGACUACGUAAAAGUUCUUGAGAGAAAUGGGCUUCCAUAUCCGAUCAUGUUUUUGACACACUCAUCGGGAAACAAUAUAGGCAAUUUGCACUUUGUAUGGAAGCUACCAACUGCUAAGUCUAUUGAAUCAACUUUUGAAGAGAGUGUUACAACUAUUGAGGCCAUUAAGCUUAUUCUUCCGCAAUACCAUACUCGUGCUAUGCGCCGUGAAGUAUUUGCCAAGUUUGGUCGGAUUUCAUCCAAAGUGAAACCAGCUGCUUUGCGCUUUCUCUACCGGGAAUUGACUGCAGACUGUGCCGCUUCUCAUGACACACCAGAAGCAAUUAUUGAUGAGCGUGUACGUUCAAUCAUUUUGAUGGAACCAGAAGACCCUCACACUGUUGUUGAUUUACGAGAAGUGAAGUCGCAGGAAACAAAGACCAAGUACGAUGUAUUUUGGGAUGAGGCAAAGAAAUAUAUCAACGAAGAUAUCGGUGUGGCGGUUGAUGACCGAAGACAUGGUGACGUAACCCACAUGGCUAAAGCUAUAUCUGUUAGAGAUCUACGUGAUCAAGUCACCAGCAAAUGCCCACCAGGUACGAUGAUCCCCUCUGAGGAAUGGCUAAGGCUCCAGUUCUGGCCUAAGACAAAGGCAGCUAAAGUUGCAAUGCAAUACACUGGAAGGCUAAACAUCCGAUAUAUGAUUCAAAAAAGGCAAUUUCGAAAGACUCAUGCCGAUGAACACUAUGCUGCUGCUCUGUAUCGAUACAUGCGAGAGUAUGCUGUCCAGCUGUUAGAAUACUGCAAUAUGAUAUCGAUUGACGAUAAACACAGGCUGAAGGUUGGCGAACCAGGAUUUCCUGUUCCUGCCGCAGAAAGAGGUAGACGUGUUAUAGUUCGUUCUGGCACAACAUUCGAAGUUGGAGACCAUGAUUUCACCAAGUUCUCUAUUAUCCCAUCUGUAGUGCUCCUUAUUCACAUACCAGAGACCAUUGAAGACUCGUGGCCAAGUUGCAGUUGGCUUCAAAGAUGCAGCGUUUGAAAGCUCUUCACCGAUACGACAUGCUACUGAAUUGUCUUCGAUUCUAAAGAGCAAAGAAGAGUACCAGAAACCAGUUUUGUUUGUGUACAGCGAUGGCGGACCAGACCAUCGAAUAACGUAUGUAUCCGUUCAGCUUUCUUUAAUAUGCUUAUUUCUAAGUCUCGAUUUGGAUUUCCUUUGUGCUGUGAGAACUGCUCCAUCGCACUCAUGGCGAAAUCCUGUGGAGAGGGUCAUGUCAACUCUGAACUUAGGACUGCAAUGUGUUGGGCUUAUGCGAGAGAAAGGAGACGAUGAAUUUGAGAAGGAAGCUUCCAAAUGCAAUAGUCUCACUUCUUUGCGGGAAACUGCCAAGAAAGACCCAAACUUUAAGUCAGCUGCUAUAGACAGCUUGUCUCAUGUAAAGUCGCUUCUUGUUCAAGUGCUACGCAGACUGAAACUGAAAGACAAGACCUUUACUCCAUUUUUUCCUGCUUCUGAAAUUGAUAUUGACACUCUCUGGAAUGAAGCUAUACGUGUAGAUUCAACCCUCAACAGAGAAGAGUCCAUAACAACCAAAAAGCUACCUGGAAAGAAAGACCUGAACGCUUUUCUACAGCAUUGCUGUACUCGAAGACAUUACUCAUUUCAAAUAAAGAAAUGUGGUUCCGAUAGCUGUACUAUUUGUCGACCUCCAAGGCUUCCUAAGCAAGUGUUCAAUAGUCUCAGUGUACUACCUGACCCUGUUCCAACUGAAGACGGCCACUACAAGUCAUUUGAGGAGUUACUUGGUACACCCACUGAUGGUAGCUUCAGACCCUCUCUUCAAAAAGUAAAGAAGACACUGCCUUUUUCAGCCAGCAUUCAACACGUUAAGAACGUUGAUAUGAUGUUGCAAUGUGAAGAAUGUUCAAUGUGGAGGCUGCUUUACAGUCGGUGUAAGCUAACACGUCAAGAAAAAGUCGAUCUUAAUGAUGCUGUAGAAGACCUGGCAUUUACAUGCGGAGCACCAAUACAAGACCUUCAUCUGCCUGGUCGCCUAAAUGAUGUGUAUACAAGACAAAUACAUUGUGAAGAGCCAAUCGAAAAACUGUACUAUACAGCCAAGUAUACUCCUAUUUGUAUAUACUGUGCCCAAAAUGUGGACGAUGUGCCAGCAGACCAGUACCCUCAGUGUUGUUUGUGCAAAGACAAACCAAUAAUCAGAAAGUAAUUUUAUAUGUUUUCAGUGUAAUUAUAAUUUUAUUCAUGAGACAUUUUUGUGGUUAUUGUAUAAUGAGAUUCAUAAAAAUAAUGUUUUUGA